GGAGAGUGACACACCCGCAGAGUCAAGUGAGGCAUUUUCUGAAUUUUUGACACGCCGAGACCGAAAGGUUCACCAUCACUGGCCUAAGAUGUUCCAUCAUCUACGGAGGAAGAUUUUGGCCCUGCCUAAUAAAAAUGUCCUUAUAUGGAGCAAUAGUUAGUUAUGUAAGCUUUGCCUGCAGUCUGGAGUAGAACGUUCCAGAUCUGAGUUACUCGUUCAGAACUUAGUUAGUUAGUUAUCUACAGGACUUAUAUGGCUGCCUAACUCAUACAAUGAUUCCAGCUGGCUCACAACAAUCCAUAAAACAUAGUUUAAAACAAAGGUACCCUUCCCCCAGGCGGCAGACCAAACAUCCUCUUAGCUCAACCCCUACCCUAGUCCAAUGCUUGGGGGAAAAGCCAGGUCUUCAUAGCUCUCCAGCCCUUGUAGGAAUUUGCUAGUAUCAUCCAGAAAGAUACUGGAGGCACCCUUUGUUUAGCCUGAUCUAAUUUUAAACUUUAAGAAGGCAAAUCCUGCAUUAACCUGGCAGAAAGAAGAUUAGGAAGAGAGCGUCAAAACUCUACUGUGCACUUGGAGAGACGUCCUCAGCCUCUGAAAAGAGUCCUCCACACUAUAAGGAGUUCUAGCUAAUUGUCUAGCGUCAGUUGCAACUGUCUAGACCUCUGUUGUGGCAUGCAUGUCUAAAGCCAUUGAAAUAAAUCAGGUAGGUUGAAGUGACCUUCUCAGGUGUUGUAAAGAGAAGAACUGCUUUCACAAGGGAACGCAAGGUUCACCACAUCAGAGCUAUGGAAGAAACUUACCUCCUUAAUGUGGAAGGCGUCAAGAAAAAGAUUUUACAUGGAGGCUACGGGAGGCUGCCUGAUUUCCAAGAGGGGAGCAAGAUCACCUUCCACUUCCAGACCCUGAAAGACGAUUUUGAGCGGACGGUGAUUGAUGACAGCCGGAACACUGGGGUCCCCAUGGAGAUUAUUGUGGGGAAGAUGUUCAAAAUCGAAAUAUGGGAGACAUUGCUGACCUCCAUGCGGAUCAACGAGGUGGCAGAGUUCUGGUGUGAUGCUGUACACACAGGAAUGUAUGCCUUGGUCUCCAAAGGCUUGAGGAAAAUUGCUGAGGGCAAAGAUCCUCUUCAGGGACAGAAGCACCAAUGUGGAAUAGGCAACAUGUUUGACUAUCACAGCACAGGCUACGAAGACCUGGAUGAGCUGCAGCGGACACCUCAGCCCCUCAUCUUCAUCAUGGAGCUAUUCAAAGUGGAGGACCCUUCUUCCUACAAAAGGGACACAUGGGCCAUGAACAAUGAGGAGAAGUUGGCUGCUGUGCCAAAAUUGCACACUGAGGGCAAUCGGCUGGUCUUGUCCAGGAAAUUCAAAGAAGCAUCAGAGAAAUAUCAGGAAGCUAUCAUCUGUUUGCGCAAUCUUCAGGUUACGGAGAAGCCGUGGGAGGAAGGUUGGCUGAAGCUAGAGAAUCUCAUCACACCACUUGUGUUGAACUAUUGCCAGUGCCAGCUAGAGCUAGGGGAAUACUAUGAAGUGUUGGAACAUACCACAGCCAUCCUCCAGAAGAACAAUGAAAACGUCAAAGCAUACUUCAAGCGGGCAAAAGCUCAUGCCGCUGUUUGGAAUGAGAAGGAGGCCCGAGCUGACUUCUUGAGGGUGGCCCAGCUGGAUUCCUCGCUGACGGCCGCAGUAAGAAAAGAGUUAAAGGUCCUGGGGGAGAGGAUGAGGUGGAAACAUAUGGAGGAUCGCAAGAGAUACCGAGAUCUGUUCCAGCAGCCUCUCUCAAAAGGGGAAAGUGAGGUAUCUGAAGAAUCUUCUGUGGAAAAACAAGAGCAGGCUGGUAAUGGCCUCACAGCAGAACAGGAACAAAAUAAUCCAGAAGCCUUGAAGCACAAGAGAGGACUUGGGGCAAGAAAGAGAGAAACAGAUCAAGGAAAUGUAGUCGAGGAAGUGAAAGGGCUCUUGGUAAAAGUUGGGGAAAGAGAGAGAGAAGACUUUGUCCCUCAGAAAAAGAUAGAAGAAACAGUGACUGCAAAACAAAUAGGAAUACAAGGUGAGCAGAGGGAAAGACAAUUAUUUCCUGAUUCUGGGAACUGCAUGGUAGAAAGUUCUGAGAAUGAACAAGAGUUAGGACUAGGGCUAGAGGAGCCGAAACUAGAGGUUGAAGCUGCAGAGAUGAAUUCUGAGGCCUGGGAUCAAAAUGGAGAGAGAGAUUUUGCAACGCUGACAGGAAAGCAAGACCUCAGAGCCACCCAUAGCCUUGAUCAAAUGACAGUAAAGCCCAUGAAUGACACAGAAGAAGGUUCCACAGAAGGACACUGUGAGACUGAAGCAAGCAUUGGGCUGGAGAUUUUCACCAGAAAGGGACAAUAUGAAGGAAGGUGUGAGAACAGAGAAACUGAAGCUCAUUAUCUUCAUAGGAAACAGGCCAAUGUGAGUUUUGGAUCAGAACAUGGCAAGGAAGGUAUGAGAGCCAAGAGUUUUGAAGAAGAGGAUUGCUCCCAAGUCCAACAAGAAAAGUCCAAAAGAGGAAUGGAGGUAUCAAAUGAGUUGGAUUUGCUGGAAGAAACAGCUUUGAGGAAGGAAAAAGGAGACAUUGGUGACAAUUCCAAGCCAGAAAAGAAGUUAUGUGGGUAUGAAGCAAGUCCAAGUUGUUAUGAGGCAAACCCUGAAGGCAGAGUGCCAGUCAUUGAAGAUUGUGGGAAAGGAAUAAUCAGUCAUAGUGUAGAAGUAGAGACUACCCUUAGAGAAGUGAGAGAUAACCACAAAGAAAAAGUUGGAAGUGAUAAGGAAGGAAUCAACACUGAGGAUACUUCUACCACACAGGAAAAAAUUGAAUGGGAUGAGUUAGGACUGAAAUAUUUUGAGGCAGAGUUAAUUCCCAGCACUGAAACUGAGAAUUCAAAGAUAGGACCACAAGGAACAACUUCGGACACAAAGCAGGUGGAUUUACAAGUCACAUGGGAAGAUCCUGAAAAAAGAGGAGCAACUGAGCAAAUUUGGGGAGAAGAACCUUUUGGGGGGUUUAAGAUGUCAGAAAUGGAACACGGAGACAUGCAUGAUACAGCAUUGUCCAUGAGCUGUGCAGAAGAGAAAAGACACAUGUUUUGCUCAGGAGAGAUAGCUGGGUUGGAAAUAGCAGGACGGUGGGAUAUUUCUCUCCCAGGUCAGACUGCCUUGAAGCAAGAGGAAACUGGUUUCCAAGAAGGAAAAUGGUCUGAAAGUGAUGGUAUAAGAGAGCCAGUUACUCAGGCUUUUGGACCGGGCCAAAGUGAGGAUCUCAUCACCUUUGCUGAAGAAGCCAGCUCGACUUCUUGAGAAAUGGCAUCCCAACAGUAAGACCUCCUCGACCCAACAACUCGCUUAGCAGCUCUUUCUUCCCCAUUUCACUGCAUCUAAACUCAAGAGAAUGUAUCAUGACCCUUUGCUGGCCUUUCUUGGUCUGGCAGUGUUCUUGUGAAAUUAAAUAUAGAGUGA